AGCCGCGGCGCCGCCAUGGAGGCCAAGGUCCGGCCGAGCCGGCGCUCGCGCGCGCAGCGAGACCGCGGCCGGCGUCGGGAAGCCGCCCGCGACGCCCGCGCGCAGAGCCCGUCGUCGGGUGACGAGCCGGAGCCCAGUCCUGGCAAGGAGAACGCGGGACUCCGCGGCGCGCCGCCUCAGCGCCCUACGCCCCUGCGCGCCGCGCGCCCCCCGCGGCGUCGUCGCCGCGAGUCCAGUUCGCAGGAGGAGGAGGUUAUAGACGGCUUCGCUAUAGCCAGCUUCAGCACCCUGGAGGCCCUGGAGAAGGAUAUGGCUCUGAAGCCACAUGAACGGAAGGAGAAAUGGGAUCAACGCCUCAUCAAGAAGCCCCGAGAGUCAGAAAACUGCCCAUCUGCUGAGCUGAGUGAGAACAGGCAGCCCCUGGAGGCGGGCAGUCCAGGGCAGGAUGCAGAGCCCACUUGUGAUGAAGGGACUAGGAAGGUCCCAUUGCAGCCCUCCAAACAGAUGAAGGUCACCAUGGCCAGAGGGGGUGACCGGAACAGUGACGACGACAGCGUCCUUGAAGCUUCCAGCUCUCAGCAUAGCAGCUCCCGGGACCAGCUGAGCGACAGCUCUGCACAGGCGGUUUCCGGGAGAGGCUACUCAUGCGACAGUGAAAGUGGCGUGGAUGACAAGGCAUCUGUAGGCUCUGAGAAGCUCUUUGCCCCGGCACCUGACAAAGGCUCUGGAAGAGGUGAGAAGUCAGAGGCCAAGGCGGGGGCAGUGCCCAAGGUGUCAGGCCUGGAGCGCAGCCGUGAGCUCAGCACUGAGUCUUUCCUGCCUGCCACAGCACCGGCGCCCUCAGGACCUCUGCCAGGAGCUCGGGCCAGCCCCCUGGUGAAGAGGGAAGCCCCCAUAGUACCUCACCACGUCCCGCAGCCACCGCUCACCCCGCAGCAUCGCGGCUCACUCCCAACACACGUGCCUCUGUCCUUGGGCGCCUUUGUGGGCCCUGGCUCUGGCCAGGUGGCACCCAACAGCCUGCACCUGCACAGCCUCAGCAGGAGCAGCAGCACGGUCAGCGGCACCCCUCUGGGCCUGGCGAAGCACGUGACACUGUCGCCACACGGCCCUGGCCCCCACCUGUCUACCUCACACCUGGCGCUCAGGUCCCAGGCGCAGCACCAGCACCACGCCGCAGCAAUGUUCGCUGCCCCCGCAACACUGCCCCCGCCCCCGGCAUUGCCUGCCAGCAGCCUGGUCAUCCCAGGACACCCCGCCGAUGCCAGCCUGUUGAUCUCAUUCAACCAGCCAAUCAUGUAUUGCCAGCCUCAUUCGGGGAUUCUGAUUGAUCACGAACUGCUCAGGCAAGAGCUGAACACGCGGUUUCUGGUGCAGAACGCCGAGCGGCCUAGCGCCUCCCUGGGCCCGGGGGCUCUGCUGCGGGCCGAGUUCCACCAGCACACGCACCAGCACACGCACCAGCACACACACCAGCACACACACCAGCACCAACACACAUUUGCUCCCUUCGCGGGGCUGCCCCCGACGCCGCUCAUGCCGCCCACCGCACCCUCGCCGUUUGACAAGUUCUCACCCAAGCUGGAUAGCCCCUACUUCCGACAUUCCAACCUCUUCCCGCCCUUCCCUCCCACAGGCCCUGGGCUUCCCACCCUGCUUGCACACCCUGGCCCCUUUGGGUCCCUGCAGGGCGCUUUUCAGCCCAAGACUUCAAACUCAAUCGAGAUAACGGGCCGGGCCAGUGCGGUUCACACUUUCCUGCAGAAAGCCCCUGGGGUGUCUGAUCCAUACCGGACAGCAGUCAGGAAACCAGGGAAGUGGUGUGCGGUACACGUGCAGAUCGCCUGGCAGAUCUACCACCAGCAGCAGAAGAUGAAGAUGCAGCUGGACCCCCACAAGCUGGAGGUUGGCACAAAGCUGGACCUGUUCAGCCGGCCUCCUGCCCCAGGCAUGUUCUCUGGGUUCCACUACCCACAGGACCUGGCCCGGCCCCUCUUCUCCAGCACAGGUGCCGCUCAUCCAACCACCAACCCGUUUGGACCCUCAGCUCAUCAUGGCAGCUUCCUGCCCACUGGUCAUCUGACAGACCCCUUCAGCAGAUCCAGCACCUUUGGAGGCCUGGGGAGCCUGGGCAGCCACGCUUUUGGAGGUCUGGGCAGCCACGCACUGACACCAGGGAGUAGCAUCUUUGCCCCCAAGGAGGGCACAGCUUUGCUUGGCCUGCCCAGCCCCCAUGACGCCUGGAACCGGCUGCACCGGGCACCACCUUCCUUUCCUACCCCGCCCCCAUGGCCCAAGCCAAUGGAUACAGAGCGCUUCUCAGCCCUGACCAACCACGACCGAGAGCCUGACAAGGGCCAGGAAGAGCAUGAGCGAAAAGGGCAGACCUUCCAUGAAUAUCAACCAGCCAUGGUAUAUCAAGUUGCAGUGAGACUAGGCACCUCCUCUUCUGUUAAGGCUGGACGAGGCAAUCCGGUAGGGGAAAGGGUCCCAAAAGCAGACAGGGACCUCCUGGAGAAGACACGCCUGCUGAGCCAUGGCUCGCCUGCAGCACCAGUGGGCCACCCCAUCAGCAGCCUCCUGCAGCGGGGCCCUGGUGAGCUGGGCCGCCCUGGGAUCCUCACAGACCGCGAGGCUGAGCCUCGGGUCAAGGAGAGCCACUCACCUGGCAAAGAGGAUGGCGCCAAACUGGCUGCACGACCUCCAUCGCCCUACUGCAAGGCAGCCCUGGGUGACUGCCUGCGCCUGGCAGGCCUGUUGGGUCGGGAGUCCGGGAAGCAGACGCCUGAGCGGCCCCAGGGCGACGUGAAGGUAAAGGAGGAGCGCAGGGAAGACCAAACACCAGAGCUCACGGGCGUCAGCGUGCACUCCACAGCCACACAUCUGGGCCUGGGCACGCCGGGCUUCGUGUGGGACCCGCCGCGCGACACCUACCGGGGCCUAGAACUUCCGCGCCGCACCUUUCCCGCCCCGCCGUCCGCUGUGGGCUCCGCUCCCUUUGAGCUCUCUGAGCGCGCCUACCGCGACCGCGAGCCUCACGACUACAGCCCCGACCGCCUGCGGGACGUGCGCCGGGAGGAGCUGGAGCGCGCACGCGCCCCCGACCCAGACGCCUCGCUCCUGCCUGCGAUGCACUACCCGCGCCUGACUCCUGGCGCGCUGCACGGCGUACUCCUGGCCCGGACCCCGCCGGCUGCCGCCGCACUCGGUGCGCCUCCUCCCCUGGUGGCUGCAGGCGGGGUGUCCACGCCACCCGCGCGCCCCAGGACGACGCCGCUGGCGCUCGGGCCUGGCGAGGCGCGCGACUACUCUCCCGCGGCGUGCAACCCACCUGAAGUGGAGGCGCGGUAGUUCCAGCGGAGUGGACUGGCUCACUUAAAUUCCUGGGACCUGAGCACAGUUCCCCGAGUCCAGGAGCAGCGCAGCUCGCUCCACGCUGCGGCUUGCUUGUGUAGUCGAGGACCUUACGCUUUUCUGGGGGUGACUUCAUUUUCCGAGCUUGCGAUUAGGUCACUGGGAAAAAUUUAGCUUUGUACCUCCCCACCUCUCCCCCAGGUGACAAGCAUUUUUAAUGGUUUUGUAUUUUUCUUAAUUUUGUGCUCUAACGACAUUUUAAAGAACCAAAAAAAAAAGAAUUUUUAGUUGGGAUUUACAGUUUCACUUCUCAGAUCCCAUUUGAGCCCCAGAGUUUGUCUUAUUUAUGGAAAGAAACGGUCUUUCUGUCCAGCGCACUGUGAGGCUCCGCACUCAGGCCCGGCUCUGGCCUUCCCUUGGUACUUGGAACCGAAGUUACAGAUAUAUAUUAACAUAAUAAUUAAUAAUAAUGUACAAAACUUUGGGUUUUCUGCCUUAUUCUAUUAUGCAUAGGUGUAAGAAGAUUUCUUUGGUUUGUUUUUUAGAAAAAAAUGUAAAUAUUCUGUUGAUAUAAUUAUAAAACUUAUUAAAUUCUUAACCUGGACAGUCUAUAACAAGUUUCUAGAAACCCCUCUGGUUAUUUGUGUACGUGGUCACAAAAACCCACUCGGGCUGUCAGUUGUGAACUCUCUCAGCAGAGUAACUGCCGCGACUACCCUUCAACUAUGCAAGCCUCAGAGGCAAGACAGGAUGUGUAGGGGAGACAGCGUCUGAGCUUCCUGUAGGGUGGUUGGACCUCCCAGAGAGCCACACUUCUGGGCAUCUGCUUAGACUGAAGCAGACUUCAGGAAUUUCUCUAGUUAUGAGGACAGACCUGCGCCCAUGUGCUAACCUUAGUGCAGUGUUCUUUGGAUCUGUGUAAGCCAGACAGAAUCUUAGAAGUUGGUUCCGAGAAAAAGAUUGGUUUUCUUCCUCCUGUACCCCAGCAUCUGUCUGAGGGCUGCCCUCCCUCCCGGUCCCCACUCCCACCACUAGGCCUGUAGUAGCUCCUUUGGCUUUGGUUUUGCAUUCAGACCCUCUCAAGCUUUUUCCAUGUGUUGUCAGCUGUCCUUUUUGGUUUCCUGACCACCACUUUUGUGCUGAAUCAACAUACAGCAGCCCUGUCUGCUUUGUUCGGUCCCUUCCUGCUGGCCUUGUGUUUCCACCGUGGACUCUGGUUAUUUAAACAGUCUGUUUUCAUGUCAAUCAACAGUGAUAAAUACAGCCUUGAUUUGGAUGAA